GUUCGAUCCCCGGUAACGGCGACUAACUUUUUCCUUUAAUCAAAUAAAGUUUUUAGAAUUUCGAGGGAAAUGACGCAUUUCAAGAUUUUAGUUCCCGCCAUUUAAAAUGCCAUCUCUUCGUCUAUCUUGAAAAUCCUCUCUACUCGCUUAUUGUUAGUUGUUUGGAAAUCUUGCUUUCUUCUCAUUUCUUUGAAUGGCGAAAACUAAAGAAGGAGAACAAACAGCGAAAUUAGACGAUCUGGAGAUCGUUUCCAUUGGAUCUCUAUACAAAGGUCCCUGGGAGAAGAAGUAUUGGAGCUCCUCUAGGGGUAAAGAUCGAUAUCCUUAUCCUGUGGGCUAUCAAGCUGUUCGGGCUCACAAUGGAAGCACUUAUAAGACAGAAAUUCAUGAAGGUCCUAGAGGGCCUUUGUUUGUGAUCUCCUGUGAUGGGCAAUCGUGUUCUGGACAAACUCCAGAUAUUGCAUGGGAGAAAUUUCAGAAGAUGGGUUGCCCACAUUUGAAGAUAUGGCAUGGAAAGAGAUUCUCAUGCAAGAUAGACGGCGUGGAGUUUUUUGGAUUUAAAAAUCCAUUUGUUCAAAGGUUACUUAGGGAAUUGGUGGCAAAUGUCAAUGGAACAGCAGAAAGGAGUUUGUUAUAUUCCAGCUUUUGCAAUGGCGCUUCUAGAAUGGAUAAUGAUAAUGGGAGCUCAACUAUCUGUACUGCUUCUGAUUUACUACCAUACUUAGCCAGGCCACAGAUCAGGAAAAAGAGAAGUACAAGGUGUGAAAAAAUGCAAAGCAAGUUGGUUGACAGGCCUCGCCUUAAACGUCCCCGAUCUAAGGACCUGACUUAUGAUGCCGAGGGUUCAAAUUUAGUACCAGGGAAUCAAGUGAAACAUGAACAUGGGUUCUCGGUAACUCAUAAUGCUUUGGAAGAUGAAAUUGACAGAUUUCCCGAAGCAUCGGCAGUGCACUCUAAAUCAGCAGGGCAAAUUGUAGAAAACUCCCCAGCCAAAGAUGGUUUUCCAUCAAAAUCUGUUGAUUUUGUGGGUCAUCAUGGUGAGAAUGAAGCCAAGGGCAAGUUUAUUAGUACACAAAACGAAAAAUUCACUAGAGUAGCUAACAUUGCAUAUAAAGAGUUGGAUAGGUCACAAGAUACUGUACUGGAAGGAUUCUGUUUUCCUAUAAAAACAGAUGACAGACCUGAAGAUUCAUCAUUUCCAAGUGACUCCAUGGGCAUAAAUGAUGUCCAUCUUUAUGCACCUGAUACUUUGGAUUUUGAAGAUGAUAGGACAAAUGUUGCUUCAGGUGCAAAGGACAUAAAUGGCUUGGUGACUGAGUCUCAUCAAGAAGAAGAAAUAGGCACAUCUAAUUCAAAUACAGGUUCUGAAAAAAGUGAGUUUGAUUCGGUAGGUCAGGAAAUGGCUAAGUUGAUGAUGACUGUUUUACUUCCUCAAGCUGUUCCAUUGCUUAAGGAGUCUUCAAAGAAGAAAAAGGAAACAAUUAGCCCAUGCAAUGUAUUACCUCAUGUGAUGAACUCUCGAGAGGACAACAUUGUCACUAACCAUUUGUUGAAGCUUCCAUCUUCAGCCUUCAUUCUAACAGAGGAUGCACAUACAGAACAGGACACAAGACUGCAUAUCCAAGGUUUAGACCACGGUUUAGUUGUGCCAAAUCUUGAACACUUGAACUCUGUUAUUCUUGACAGUUUUGAGAAUAGUCAGGGAGGGGAUCAUGUAGCUAGCCAAGCUAUAUUGUUUUCAAAAAGUUUGGAGGUUAAUCAGACUAGUUUCAACAAAGAAGCAUUUGAUUCGAACAUCCAGGAACAGCUUGUUAGCAUCAAACCGAAUCAGGAAACACCAGUUUGUUGUGGCGAGAGCUCUGGGGACCAAGACACCAUCUGCCACAAGGAAGUAAACAUGGCUGAGUCUGUUUUAGAGUGUGCAUCUCCAAUCAUGAAAACUCUCUCUGAAGAUAUCCAGGGUGUUUCCAUAACUUUGGAUGAAAACUCAGCAGAUAUUGAAAACCAUUCCAAGCAAAAGAAGCCCAAGAAUGCACUUAAUUGUGCUGAAGUUGUGGGUGCUAAUGAUAUUAAUUCAAGAGGAAUUGCAAGUUCAUUGAAAAUAUCAGGGAAAGACAGUAGUGCUGAAACCAGGGCUCCUACUACUAACUCUUCCCAUCAAGACCAAAAUAAAGUGUAUACCAGAAAGAAAAUCUCAAAGCAAGCUUAUUCAACUAGAAAAUACGUUGGUCCUCUAUCUGAAAGUAUCAUAUGCAGAAAUUCUGGAGAUGAUUAUGCCCCUAAUAACUCUGCUAUGCCUGGAACUUCACUUGUUUCAAAGAGUUGUCACUCUUCUGAUGACAAACCAUGCAAUAGAGAUGUCUUUGGUAAUACAUCCAUGCUUGAAGGACGGUCCUGUGGAUUGCCUACGGAGAAAACUACUGCGUAUUGCAAACCUGAAAUCAAUAAUAUGCCACCUAUUCUAUCUAAUGAAAACCAAAAGUUGACUUGUGCAUCUAAAAAGGAUGCAUCUUGUUUACUCAAUCAACCUGUUUCACUUGAAAGGGGGUAUCAAGAAAAUUGUUACAAAGAGAGGUUUAUUGUAGAAAACGGCUGUUCUGCAUCGUAUCAAAAUCAGGUGACUAGUUUUUGUGACAAGAACUUAUCUACAGCAAUGGAAGUUCAAGGUGGUUCAGGUGUCAACCAUCAUGGGGGUGUAGAGCUUAGUAGUGAUCUAAGGGGCAUUGUCAACCUUGUAGGAGGUUAUUUUCAUCCUUUGCCGAUUUCAUCAGUAUUGCUGGGUACAAAAGGAAAUGAAAUCCACAUUUGUGUUUCAUGUGGUCUUCUUGUAGAUACGGACAGAACCUUGUUCAUCUACAAGGUAGCUACUGAAGUACCAAGGAAAGGAUGCCCUUCUUUUGUUGGCUACACAUCAGUAGCAUUACCAUCUUCUGAAAUUGGUGUAGAAAAAUGUGGCUUACAAUUUACCCCAGAUGGGCAAUGUCUUGUUUUACUUGACAGCAUUAAAACACCUUAUUGCAGGGAAGGGAGAAUAGAUUGUAUCUGCUCAAUUUGUUUUUCAGGCUGCUCGAAGGAGAAUGCAGUAAAAAUUGUGCGGGUGAAUCCUGGUUAUGUUUCUUUGGUUGCAAAAUUGGAGACAGUUGAAAGUGUGCUAUGUAUACUGGUUUGUGAAAAUGACUAUCUUCUUGCUGCUGGAAAGAGUGGGAGACUGUAUCUUUGGGCCAUGAAUUCAACAUGGAGUGCAUGGACAGAAGAAUUUAUUAUACCAUCUGGUGACUGCAUAUCCGCUUGUGUAGUGGAGUUGAAGAGAAUUCCAAAGUGUGCUCAUCUGGUGAUUGGGCAUAAUGGUUUUGGGGAUUUUGUUAUAUGGGAUAUUCUGAAAAGGGUCAUUAUCUCAAGAUAUUCUGGUUCAGGCGAUCCAAUCAAGCAAUUCUUACCGAUCAGUUUCCUUAGUUGGCAGCCUGUUUUCAGCUACGAUGACAUGAAAGAGCGCAUUGAUGAAAUCACCACAUCAACAAAAUUUUGGUUUUCCAAACAUAAGGAUAGUUCUUUUCUUCCAUUAGAGGGGAAAGAUGUUGCUAUCUGGCUUCUUGUCUUGACUAAUUCUGGUGCUCAGCAUGAACAUUUAUCAAGUAAUCGCCUAGCAAAUACAUCCAGAUGGUGGAGGCUAGCUUUGCUGGUGAAGGACACGAUGAUCUUGGGAAGUACACUAGAUCCAAGGGCUGCUACAGUUAGUGCGUCACUUGAUCACGGGAUCAUGGGAAGAGAUGAUGGUUUAGUGUAUAUGUGGGAAUUGUCCACCGGAACUAGACUUGGCGUUUUGCAUCAUUUCAAAGGUGGGCGUGUUUCGUGUAUUGCAACAGAUGAGUCGAGGCCAGAAGUUGUGGCUGUGGCUGCUGAUGACGGGCAGUUGCUGCUCUAUCUACACAACCAAGAAAACUUAGUAAAGAAGUAAGUAGCAAAUAAGGUAGCUACUCUUCCAUGAUUCUCUCUUGUUUAAACGUGUAACUGCUCUAUCUACACAACCAAGGAAACCUAGUAAAGAAGUAAGAAAAGUAGCAAUUAAGUUGGCUACUCUUCCAUGAUUCUCUCUUGUUUAAACGUGUAACUUUGUUGUUGAUCGUAAUAGUGCAACACAGAUCCCAGUAUAAUUGUUUCAAACAUAUUCUUUUUCGCCCAA